GGCUUGCGCCGGGCCCCGCUGCGCAGGGACCCGCCCGCCAGGCCCGCGGCCCCGGAAAGAAGCCUGGCGAGCUGCAGCCGGGCCCGCCCGCGGGGUCUGGGGCCGGGGGUCAGCGGCGGGUCAGCGCGCCUGUCAUUUCUCACUCCGCAUCCCCGUUGUCGGCCGGUCUGGUCUGGAGACUACUUUGGCCUGCAAGUGGUGUAUCGCCACCACGACCCGCUACAGUGCGACUGGGUCAACUCUUGCUUUUAAGAAACUUCAAGAUAAGAUAUACAGUAGAUCUUCAGACCAGGCCUGGUAUAGUCAGAGCCUUGUAAAGAUCCAAGUGCUAAGGCUCCUGAGUCCAGAAAUCUCUACUUUAGAGACAAAGCAAGGGUCAUAGUUGCUUAUAUGCAGUGAAAACUGUUCAAGAUCAACCUUACUAAGCAAUCUCCUGUCCUAGGGGACCCCUGCAAAUUAAUUGAGUACAAUCUUGCUGCUCAUUUAUUGGAAAACCUCUCCAAAUGUUACAAGUCUAAGAGCUCAGGACAAGUGCAGCAGAAAUACCUGCAACAUGGUGACUGGAAUCCUAAGGACCUUGCAAUAUGAAUAAUUCUCUGGAGAACACCAUUUCCUUUGAAGAAUACAUCCGUGUGAAAGCACGAACAAUCCCUCAGCACAGGAUGAAGGAGUUUCUUGACUCUCUUGCUUCCAAGGGACCUGAAGCUCUCCAGGAGUUCCAGCAGACAGCCACCACCACCAUGGUAUAUCAACAAGGUGGAAACUGCAUUUACACGGACAGCACAGAGGUGGCCGGAUCUUUGCUUGAGCUUGCCUGUCCCGUUACAACCAGUGUCCAGCAACAAACGCAACAAGAGCAACAGAUACAGGUUCAGCAGCCACAACAGGUCCAGGUACAAGUCCAGGUCCAGCAGUCCCCGCAACAGGUCUCUGCCCAGCAGCUCUCUCCCCAGCUCACUGUCCACCAAGCCUCAGAGCAGCCAAUACAGGUCCAAGUUCAGAUCCAAGGCCAGGCACAGCAGCAGGCAUCCCAGACAAUACAGAGUCAGUCUCUUCAGAGCCCUAGCCCAUCUCAGCUGCAAGCAGCUCAAAUCCAGGUGCAGCAUGUACAGACUGCCCAGCAGAUCCAGGCCACUGAGAUCCAGGAGGAGCACAUACAGCACCAGCAGAUCCAGGCCCAGCUUGUCUCUGGACAGGCCAUUGCUGGUAGCCAGCAGAUCCAGAUCCAGACAGUUGGGGCACUGUCCCCUCCACCUUCUCAGCAAGGCUCACCACGGGAAGGCGAACGGCGGAUCAGCACUGCUAGUGUCCUUCAGCCAGUGAAGAAGCGUAAAGUAGAUAUGCCUAUUACUGUGUCAUAUGCUAUUUCAGGGCAGCCAGUUGCCACAGUGUUGGCCAUUCCUCAAGGCCAGCAGCAGAGUUAUGUAUCUUUAAGGCCAGACUUAUUAACAGUGGACAGUGCUCACCUAUACAGUGCCACUGGGACCAUUACUAGCCCCACUGGAGAGACUUGGACCAUCCCUGUUUACUCAGCUCAGCCACGUGGUGACCUUCAGCAGCAAAAUAUAACCCACAUCGCCAUCCCCCAGGAGGCCUACAAUGCUGUCCACGUCAGUGGCUCGCCAACAACACUGGCUGCUGUGAAGCUGGAGGAUGACAAGGAUAAGAUGGUGGGAGGUGCAUCUGUAGUGAAAAACUCACAGGAGGAAGUGGUGCAAACUAUCGCUAACUCACUCUUUCCAGCACAGUUCAUGAAUGGCAACAUCCACAUUCCAGUGGCAGUGCAGGCCGUGGCAGGGACAUACCAGAAUACAGCUCAGACGGUGCACAUAUGGGACCCGCAGCAGCAACAGCAGCCCACACCCCAAGAGCAGGGGCAGCAGCAGCAGCUCCAAGUGACUUGUUCUGCUCAAACUGUUCAGGUAGCUGAAGUGGAGCCACAGCCACAGCCUCAGCCUUCACCUGAACUCUUGCUUCCGAACUCCCUGAAGCCAGAAGAAGGGCUCGACGUGUGGAAAAGCUGGGCACAGACCAAGAAUGCAGAGCUGGAAAAGGAGUCUCAGAACAGGCUAGCCCCUAUUGGCAGACGCCAGCUGCUGAGAUUCCAGGAAGAUCUCAUCUCCUCUGCUGUGGCUGAGUUGAAUUAUGGGCUAUGCUUGAUGACACGAGAAGCUCGCAAUGGUGAAGGUGAACCAUACGAUCCAGAUGUACUCUACUAUAUCUUCCUGUGUAUUCAGAAGUAUCUCUUUGAAAACGGACGAGUAGAUGACAUUUUCUCAGAUCUCUAUUAUAUACGGUUUACCGAGUGGUUACAUGAAGUUCUCAAGGAUGUACAGCCCCGGGUCACCCCUCUUGGUUAUGUCCUCCCCAGCCAUGUAACAGAAGAGAUGCUGUGGGAGUGCAAGCAACUGGGAGCUCACUCCCCUUCCACCUUGCUCACUACGCUGAUGUUUUUUAACACAAAGUACUUCCUGUUGAAAACGGUAGACCAGCACAUGAAGUUGGCCUUCUCCAAGGUUUUGAGGCAGACCAAGAAGAACCCUUCCAAUCCCAAGGAUAAGAGCACGAGUAUCCGGUAUCUGAAGGCACUUGGUAUACACCAGACAGGCCAGAAAGUUACAGAUGACAUGUAUGCAGAGCAGACUGAGAAUCCAGAGAACCCCCUGCGGUGCCCCAUAAAGCUCUAUGACUUCUACCUCUUCAAAUGCCCCCAGAGUGUGAAAGGCCGGAAUGAUACAUUUUACUUAACUCCGGAGCCGGUGGUAGCCCCUAACAGCCCGAUCUGGUAUUCCAUCCAGCCAAUCAGCAGAGAGCAGAUGGAGCAGAUGCUCACUCGGAUCCUGGUGAUACGAGAGAUUCAGGAAGCUAUUGCUGUAGCUAAUGCCAGCACCAUGCACUAAGGCAUCCUUCCCAGCUCAGAAAGGGGUGGGGUGGGGCAGUGCGGUGGGGGGGAUGACGAGCAACGAUAAAUUGUACAGACUUUUACACUAAAGGAGAUGCCUACGUUUUGUUUUUUAUUGGUGUAGUUAUGAAGCCCUUUUAGGCUUCUUCUGUUUAAAAGAAUCUAAAAGGAAAACCUACCCAAUGUGUAUCCUACCAAACACACUGAGCUGUUAGACCCAUUGGAGGCUGCAUUUCUCUGCCAGCUCAGAGCUGUUGAAACUGCUGGUUGACUUUGGUUUUUUAUGAUGUAGAAAACAGAACAUGAGCUAUGGGAUUGGCCUGGAUGGCUGGGGCCUCUGAUGCCUCCUCAGAGCAUGUGCAGCCUGGAGAGCGCAGAAUGAUGGAUGGACCUGCUCAGCCAGCCAAGGAGAGGCAGGUGUCUCUCCUUUGUGCUCAGACAUUAAUUUGCUGUUGUCCUGGAAGGAGGAGGAGAGAGUGAACUGCAAUUAUGAUUUCUAAAAAACAAUUUCUAUUCAGACCUUUAAGUGACAUUUUUAGAUGUUAAAAGUAAAAAAAAAAAAACAAAAAAAAACAAAAAAAAACUUUACCACACUCUUCUUUUUUUUGGCCUGACAUUGAGGCCUUAAACCUUGAGGCUCCUGUGCCUGAUGGAGUUCUUGUACCAUACACUUGUGUAUCAUAUAAAGAUACCACCCUGUUUCUCUUAUGUAUUCUUACUCUAGUUGUUUAUUAAGAAUGACGAGCACGUCUUUUCAACA